GUGUCUGACGUGUACAUUUGGUCACAGUGUAGUCACAUGAAACAUCCCUUUGGAGAGCUAUUUGUUUUUAUCUAUAAGCUAUAUACACAAGUUGUUUUUACAUCUAAAACAUCUAGCCAAUAGACUGACUGAGAUUAAACAUGGACGAAGACGGACUACCUAUUGUGGGAUCUGGAAUCGAUUUGACUAAGGUCCCAGCAAUUCAGCAGAGGAGAGUCGUUGCCUAUCUCAACCAGUUUAUUGUCCACACAGUCCGAUUCCUCAAUCGCUUUUCGGUUGUUUGUGAAGAGAAACUUGCCAACAUUUCACUUCGGAUACAGCAGAUUGAAACAACCCUCAGUAUUUUGGAAGCAAAGCUAUCCUCUAUCCCUGGGUUGGAAGAUGUCAGAGUGGAUGGGGUUGGUCAACAGCAAACGACAGAGGCCAAUGGUCUAGUACCUGUUCUAAAUGAAGUUCAGAUACCUUCAUCUCUACCGGUAGUACCAGCAGAGAUCUCUCAGAAUGUCCCAGAACCUGCUCAGGAACAGAAAGGUGAAUUGGCAGAGAAUGUAGUCACUGUGGCCAAGGACCAACGGUAUGCCCGUUAUCUGAAAAUGGUACAAGUGGGUGUCCCAGUUAUGGCAAUAAAGAACAAGAUGGUUUUGGAAGGACUGGAUCCCAACCUUCUCGACACACCAGAUGCACCUGUGCCUGACAGUGGUAAGAAAAACACAGCGGAGCCAGAUGAUGAUGGCUCUGGCAGCGAAUCAUCUUUCAGCGACUGAUCUCUCCAUAUCGCCAUGACACCCCUCUAUGGACCGCCCCUCCCUGGUCAUUAAUGAUCCAGGACUUUGCACUGUGCUGU